UCAACGGCGAACCUAAGCGCGCCCCCGAGAGGUCAACGCGUACACCGAGUCGGACCAGUCGGUCGGAUAUCGUUUAUCUCAUCGGUGUCACCGCGCGACCCGGACCUCUCCUGGGAUUAAUUUCGUCCUCGUGGCUCGGUGAAGCUAACGAGAUCUGGACGCCUCGUCGAAUCGUACGGAGUGAUUUGAACUCGACGCAGAAAGACCGCAGAAUCACCUUCGAUUACUUUACGAUUCGCAACAAAGGUAGACGCGAAGGGACACCUAGUUUUCGGAUAGUUUCGACAGGAAGUCGGAGUUAGUGCAUCGGUGUCCGCGAUGGGCCAGGAAGGGAAUAGAUAAAGUGUCGCAUUCCGAUUCCGGUUUCGCGCGUAACACGAGGCGUCAUGAGAUAUAUCGUAUCGAGGGAAAGACGCUGCGUGUCGUGAUUUAUCUUGGACAUCCCGAUCGACGACGUUCCCAGGAAAUAAUAAUGGUAGUCCCAUCGCGGAGUAUAGACUCUAUGAUACAUUGAACAUGUAAAUAGGGGUACAUCUUUAUAUAUCAAGGUCGAUUGAAACGCUUAGAGGAAGGAAGGAGUUCAUGGACUCGUCAAAAUCGCUCGUUCUAUUCCGACAAUCUUGUUACCAUUCGUCCAACAGCAAAAGAACCUGAACAUUGUUCGAACAGCCUGGGAGACAGCGAAACGAAGGAUGCUUUUAAAUUCGUUCUGUAACCAUCAGCCCGAGAAACGAUCGUGAAGAAAACCGUCUGCGAAGUACCAACGUGGAAGUGAAGUUUUCGUAUCGCUAAGAUUUCACUCCCAAAAUAUGGUAGAGAGCACCUACGCGAGUGAUUCGCCCAGAUCGCGUUCUCCGAUGACGGAGCCGUCGAGUCCUCUUCAAGAUGGUCCAGGAAUAUCCGGUUACGGGCAUCGGUAUCUUUACAACUACUCGCCGGAGAGCCUGCAACAGAAGCUGAAGGCCAGCGACGAGCAGAACAAUGUGACCGGGAGGCGACACGAGCUGGACUCGCGCGAGAAAUCGUUCGCUAGGAGUCCUCUGAGCUCGGACGAGGCGCGAUUCAGACCGCGAGAGGUCUCGAGACCGAGCCCCUCGGCCACCAUGUCCUCCCCUACGUCAGCCUUCACCAUCGAGAACAUCCUGGCACCCAGGCCCAUCGGGAACAUCACGCCCACCAGCACCAGCGGCCUCGGAUCCAUCAUUCAGAACCCCGAAGCCGUGGGCUCGAGGGCCGCGACGGCGAUGCAUCCUCUUCAGCAACAGAUUCAUCACCUGGCGUUCACCUCCGCCGAUCUCUUCGCCGCAGCGUACCCAAGCCUGUAUUCCGGUGGAUACGUGGCGGCUAUGGCGGCCGCCGGUGUUUCGCUUCACGGUCAGCCAGCCUUCUAUCACGCGGCUCAUCCUUAUCAAAUAAAUCCAAACGCAGGAUCCGUGGGACCGAUGGCGAAGAGAAAACGUCGCCACAGAACAAUAUUCACCGAGGAGCAACUCGAACAACUGGAGGCCACCUUCGACAAGACGCACUACCCUGACGUGAUCCUGAGGGAACAACUGGCUCUUCAAGUCGAUCUCAAGGAAGAAAGGAUCGAGGUGUGGUUCAAGAACAGGCGCGCCAAGUGGCGUAAACAGAAACGGGAAGAACAGGAACGUAUGCGGAAACUUCAGCUGGAGCAACGUCAGCGUACCGACGACAGCGUGCCCGCGGCUACGGUCAAAGUGACCGACCAUCUGAUGCUGACCAGACAGCAACAGCAACAACAACACGAACAAGACACCGACAGUUCGGACCUCGAAGUGGCGUAGUUGGGAUAUUGGCGUUGGGCUUGUAGUUUUUGACUGGCUGUCAAGGAGAUCGAGAUCCGUCAGGUUUCCCUCCCUCCCUUACUACACGGGAGGGGCGUGUAAAUACGGAAUUAGGGU